CGGCAUUAAAGAUGCUCUAGUUGGAGUUACACAGACGUCUUUUUUUCAUCAACAGAAGGGGCAACUGCAGCAUCUAUUUCUUCGCCACUUUUGGUCAUCAUAAAUCACCUUCAAAAUUGGGUACACAUUUCCAGCACCAAUAAACUACCAUCUUCUAUAUUCUAUAAUUUGUCCCAGUAACUCCACCCUUUCAUGACAAUCUAGAUUGAGAACAAUCAACCGUUUUCGUUUUGCUUAAUUAAUCUCACAAAAGAAGUAAGAAAUAUGGCAGAAGUUCAGCUGCCCACUUACGACAUCAUCAUCUUCGGAGCAUCUGGUUUCACAGGCAAAUAUGUUGUCAGGGAAGCCCUCAAGUUUCUUGAUUCGCCGAAUUCGCCUCUCAAAACCCUCGCUCUAGCCGGUCGGAACACUUCUAAACUCUCCCAAACCCUAAAAUGGGCUGCCACAUCUCACCCCACCGUCCCCCUCCUCAUUGCCGACACAUCUGAUCCAUCAUCUCUCCGCCGCAUGGCUUCCCAAGCUAAGCUCGUCCUCGAUUGCGUUGGCCCUUUUCGCCUUUACGGUGAGCCCGUCGUCGCUGCCUGUGUUGAAGCGGGGUGCGAUUACCUGGAUAUUUCAGGUGAGCCGGAGUUCAUGGAGAGGAUGGAAGCCGUGUACCAUGAGAAGGCGGUGGAGAAAGGUAGUUUGGUGAUCUCGGCUUGUGGGUUUGAUUCGAUUCCGGCAGAAAUAGGGUUGAUGUUCAAUUCCAGGCAGUGGGGUUCGCCGGCAGUUCCCAAUCGGGUUGAAGCCUACCUGUCCCUUGAAUCGGAUAAAAAGAUAGCAGGUAAUUUUGGGACUUUUGAGUCUGCGGUUUUGGGAGUGGCUAAUGCUGAUAAGCUGGCAGAGCUUCGACGAUCAAGACCCAAAAAAGCUCGACCUACGAUCCCGGGUCCUCCUCCUCCAAAAGGAUCAACCAUAGAACACCAAAAACAGAUCGGACUUUGGGCUGUGAAACUCCCAUCAGCCGACGCCACCGUUGUCCGGAGAACGCUUUCCAUCCUUACAGAAAACCCAAACGGUCUUGAAGGAGUCAAUGAGGAUCCUAAACACGCAGAGAAACGCUCCUCCUUUUGGUCUACAAUAAAACCUGCUCAUUUCGGAGUAAAGAUUGCCACCAAGAAUCUUCUGGGUAUGAUUGGAAUCAUCGCCACCGGGAUAUCAAUUGGGCUUCUGGGCAGCUUCUCAUUCGGGAGGUGGCUUCUGUUGAAAUUCCCCUCUUUUUUCAGUUUCGGAGGGUUCAGAAAGGAAGGUCCCACAGAGGAAGAAGUCGCUAGCGCCAGUUUCAAGAUGUGGUUCAUCGGCCAUGGCUUCAGUGACGCCAAUCUUGCUUCUCAGGCGACAUCAAAGCCUGAUAAAGAAAUCAUUACGAGAGUAAUGGGCCCUGAAAUUGGGUAUUUAACAACUCCCAUCACUCUAAUUCAAUGUGCUCUGAUCCUUUUGAAGCAGCGCCAAGAUCUUCCAAAAGGCGGCGUCUUUCCUCCCGGGAUCAUUUUUGGCCCAACCGACCUUCAAGAUCGACUACAGGAGAACGGGAUUUCGUUUGAUUUGAUUUCAAAGACCGAUAUUAAUAAUAAUGUGUCUACAUAAAGCUCUUUUCUCAAAAUUUUAUGCAAUAAAACCUUCUUAUAACACAUAAAAAGUUAGAUACAUCAUCUUAUAACAA